AUGAAAGAUAUGGAUAUAUCACUCGCCAACACCAAUCAUCGUCCAGAAGGCUUGAAGCUCCGCGGGUGGCGUUCCCAGCUCUGUCUCUCGUCCCUCCUUGUGGUCAAAGUGAAACACAUCCUCCAGCUCUUUGAAACUCAUCCAGUACUUCCUCUUGUUGAUCCGGAAGUAGAAUCUUCCACUUCCGUUGCCCUCAGGGACGAUUUCGUCGGGCUCAUAGAAGUUGACUCGGAGAGUGGAGAGGAACUCGAUGGUUUCCUUCUUGUAUGUAGGUUGAGGAUUCAUCAUCAGCCUCGUAAGCUGCUGAUGUCUUUUGGAGCAUUCUGGAGCAUAUGGGACGUGAGGAGCAUGGAAGGACUUGGGCAUGGACGCAGCUCAACUGGAUACGCAAAGGAAGAAGGAGGAAGCCAUCUUGAAGACCAGCUCGACCAUCUACUCGACCAACCGGUCGAGUUCCUCAACUCGACCGGCCAAGCUUCAACUCGAUCGAGCUGA